AUGGGGUAUUUCCAUACGAAGGCCAUUCUCUGUCGCGACCAAUUCGACGUAAGGAAAAGCGGCAACGCAGAAAUCGCGGCGGAUCAGACUGGAUCAAGUCUUCCUUGGCGCAUAGACAUAUACCAUGCCGGAGGAAGAGAAUUGAAGAACAGAAGGAGAAGAGACCCUUCGAGCCCAGUGGAAGACAAUAAGACUUGGCUUGCCUGUAGGGCACCUAAAGGUUGGACCACGGAUAAACUUGGGAAAUGUACCGGUAGAAGAAUGAACUCUUCAGCUCGCGAGCACCACUCAAACCUUGCCAUCUCUGUGGGCCGAUACACUGCAACUCCUUGGGUAUCACAUCAGGGCAUGAAAUGA